GGCGCACAGUCCGCUCUGAAACGUCGCCCGGAGACCAUCUCUCGUGUACGACAAGCGAGUUGUCGGCGGCGCCCCCGCGUACCAACUCCUACAACGUACGACGUCUACGGCGGCUCUUUUGUCCGAAGCGCGCGCGUGUAUUGGUGUAUGUGACCGUGUCCAGUGGCGCCAACUCGACGCGCUCUCUCUUCAAUCUUUACCAUUGCUGCGUGUUUCUUUGUCGAACAGGACGUUUUACGCUGUUUACUAUACGGAUGAUGACUUAUAGUAACGGAAGGACUAUUGUCACUUCAGCCGAAAUGGACCAAACGCCACUUUGUCCAACAGACGACGACUUCACCGAUGAGAUUCAUUCUCCAACUGGAAGCAGCGAGGAUAGCGUCGAAGUUAAAGUGGAGGCGAUUUCGCUGAAAAAUAAAAGGAAAUGCGUAGAACCUCGCCGAGUGCAAGAUGGUCCCCCAAAAAAACGUCUUUGCCUCCAAAACUCCGUCCAACAUUUCCGUCCGUGGAGCCUCAACCCCGAAAAAUUGGACAACGAGGAGCAUCAUCCCCAUUAUUACCACCCACUUCAAGCGGUAAAACCAGAAGUUAUCGUUCCAUUAGUCGCGAUACCAGAAGUUUCGCAUGGAUACUUCAGACCUCCAUCGCCAGUGCGAAGAUCGCCUUCACCCGUCCAAGAACCUGUCGCCUUAGUGAAACGGAAGGAAGUGAUUUGUGAUGACGAUAAUAUAAAAACUGAAAAAUGUAAUGGUGAAAUUUUCGCUAAACCCGAAGUUUUUGUUAAACCCGAAGUUUUAAGAGUACCAGUUCACCCAAUCGCGGCUAUUUCAACCGCAGAAACUGAACAUAUUAUUAAAAAUUCAGUUGAAGCUUUCCCAAGAUUACAACAAAAUAAUAGAAAAGAACAACGCAAUUACAAAAACAUGACCCGAGAACGUCGCAUAGAAGCAAACGCAAGGGAACGAACGCGAGUGCAUACGAUAAGCGCUGCUUUUGAUACCUUAAGAAAAUCGGUACCUGCUUAUUCAAGUGCGCAAAAGCUUUCAAAACUUUCUGUGCUUCGCGUCGCUUGCAGUUACAUAGCGACGUUAAGCAGCAUGUUACAAGACGAUGAUAGUCACGUAGCGCAAUGCGUGGACCAAGUUACAAAAACAAUACAAAGGGAAGGAAAAUUAAGGAAGAAAAAAGACGAUAUCGAUUGAAAGGAUUAAUUUAGCUUCCUACAAAUAACAAACAAAAAGAAAUAUUGUGUGAUAGUAGUAAAAGUAUAAAUUUCAAAUCGAAACGCGUUAAAAUAUUAAAUGGUGCCAAAAUUUGAGACUGACUAUCUCUAAUUAAUUAAUUUUAUUGUAAAAACUGGUUGUGACUAUGUGGAUUGUAAGAGAUUCGACGUAUUUAUUUUUCGCUAUUAAAUCAAAUGUGUGGGUAUAUGUUCCUGCUGAAAAAAUAGUUUUAUGACAAAAGUGUUAAUCGACGGAAAAGUACAAAUGUUUUUAUUACUUUGUUUUUUUUUUUUUUGGUUUUUAUGAAAUUCCUUCAAUUCGCUGUUCUUGUAUAUAAUUCAUUGUAAAUAAGUACUUAAAUGAUUGCUAUUUGAAAUAUUUAUUUAAAUACAUGUUUUGAAACAAAA